ACUCCAAAACCAUGGGUGUUAAGUUAUCUCAGAAUACCCUCCUGCUUGCAAAACUCCCGCCAGUAAGCAGUGUACUCCACUCUAGCUCUGUUACAGCUAUCACUGAUUUUUCACUGAUCACACUAAAAUUAGGGUUUCUAUACAACAAUUUCCCCUAAAAUGACAAUUCAUUCACAUACCCAAUUUAAAAAAGGCGACAAAGUUGAAGUCACGAAGCAAGAAAAUGGCCCAAACACACUCACCUACUAUCCCGCCACCGUACUCCGAUCACCGGCGAAGUUCAAGAGCAAAACCGCUUCCAAAACCACCCAGAUCUUGAUCCAGUACGAAACCCUAAAAGAAUCCACCAAGGCCCACAAGCCCAUUACUGAGUUUGUUGAUGUGGGUAGUGUGAGACCUAUGCCACCUAGGCUGUUGCUUAACGGUUGCUUUAGAAAUGGAGACGGCGUUGAUGUUUUUUGUGAUAACGGGUGGCAAAAAGGGACUGUGAAAGAUGUACUUGAGAAUGAAAAUUAUGUUGUUGGGUUUGAUGGGAAAAGUGAAGGAAUUGUUGCUGAGCAUUGUAAUUUAAGGCUUCAUCGUGAUUGGGAUUGGCUCGAGUCUUCAUGGGUGCCUCUUCUUCUUGAACAUGAGACGGUGUUACCUGCGAUGGACGAAAAACCAAAAAAGGCAAGGUUGCUGAUAAGAUGUAGCGAGUCAGAGCCAGUGUUAAGUAUUGGGGCAAAAGUAGAAGUCAAAACUGAUGAAGAAGGCUAUCCUGGUGCUUGGUUUGGUGCUACCAUCGUUGGCACCAUAGGAAAUGAUAAGUUUCUGGUGCAAUAUAUGAACUUGUUAACAGACGAUGAAAGUGCUCCCUUGAGAGAAAUAAUCUAUGCCAAGCAUAUUAGGCCCUUCCCUCCUCCGAUUCCAUCAGAUGCUGGUUUUAAACAGUUUGAAAAGGUUGAUGUUUGGUUCAAUGAGAUGUGGUGGGAGGGUGAGGUUUCUGGUGUGCUUCCCGGAUCUAGAUAUAUAGUUUAUUUCAAGUUCACAAAUGAAAGUUUGGAGUAUGAUCAUUCUGCUUUGAGGCAUCACCAGGAAUGGAUUGAAGGGAAAUGGGUUCAGGAAAAGUCGAAAGACUUGGAUGCUAAUGAGCUAAUUCUUGACGCUCAGUUUGGCAAGGGGACAAAGGUGGAAGUAAAGAGUGAUGAAGUCGGUUUCCAGGGAGCUUGGUUUGCUGCAACCAUUAUCAAUGUGAUCGAGAAUGGAAAUUUUGAGGUGCAAUAUGACAGUAUAUUAACAGACGAUGGAAAUGAUUUCCUUAAGGAACAGGCAAAUGCUUCAGACAUACGGCCUUUGCCUCCUGAUAUACAGCAUGUGCAUCCUUACAGACUUUUUGAGACGGUUGAUGCUUGGUUUAAUGAUGCCUGGUGGGUUGGUCGGGUCGUCAAAGUUUACAAUAACUCCAAGUAUAAGGUCGACUUCAAGACAACAGAAGAAUUGGAGUUUGCACAUUCUGAACUGAGGCCUCAUCAAGAGUGGGCUGAUGGACAUUGGGUCAUUGCUAAAAUGGAUUGGGGGUGUGAUUCCUAAACGCGUAGAUUCAAUCCAAAAUUGAAAGAUUUGCUGGAUGGAGCCUUUUGCUUUCAGCAUAUAAUUAAAGGUGAUAUGAUUGUACAGGAUGCUAAUUGUAAGAUUAUUUUGUGUAGGAUGCAUAGUUUUGCCCUCCAGAAUCUGAACAAGGUAAUACAAUGGUACAGGAUGCUUAUUGUAGAUUUAUAUACUUUUAUCUAUUGCGUACAAAAGUGAAGUCAGAUACAUUAUCCUUCUGUUUUCGCUCAAAUACACACUAUGCAACUUUUUGCAA